CCUGGGAUUUUAUUUCCUCAUAAGUAGGUCGUUUGAUUGCUUCCCAAGAAAAACAUAGUUCCCUGAAGAGCCUAUCGGCGUCGCUGGCUAUCGCGAUUUCCCAGAUAGUCCUCCUUCUACAUUGAUGGAUAUGUCCGUCGAUGAUGACUUGUUGGUGAAUUCUAAGCCGAUGAUGGAGGAACCACUGGUCGACUACCGAGUUUAUCCGAUCCCCGAUACAGUCCCAGAUGAAAAUUUGGAAAAAUAUUUUCAGAACGCGAAAUCGAAAUUAGAAAAGUAUCGCAUGACAAUCACUCUGAAUGCGGCUGAGCGAACCCUCACAUUCGUUCAAGGGGUAAGUAAGUGGAACCCUGGCCCUGCCUUGAACAAAUAUGGCAAGUAUGAAAUCACCACUUUCGCUGUGCCCUUCCCCGAAAAUCCAGCAACAAAGUUGGAACAUGUUUGGCCCGACGUCGAAGAAAUCUUAUAUGAGUACGCCAUUUCAUGCAAUCUCAAUUUGGCUGAGUGUUCCAUGCAAGUCUCAACAACCACAUUUCUUGAUAAUCCGUAUGUCCUUGAAAGAGCUAGACAUCUCCUUCAACUGUUGUCCACAAGUCUUGUUCCGCCAUAUAUGGCAUUAGAAAUAUUCCAAGGCAGCAGGCAACAUGAAAUCAUGGAGAUAGGAGAUCAGCCGGAGGGGCUUUGCACAAAAUUUGGGAUCAAGAAGGGGGAAUAUCUUAGACGAUGGGAAUGCCUCUUCUACUCCCUAAAGGCACUUUCAAAAGCAACACAAUGUCAUAUCUUUCUUAACGAGAACACUUUUACUGCUGUGACUGCUGUGGAGAAUACAUUUGAAAGAAUUUUAUGGCUCAAGUCAGUUGUGGGAGACAGCAUCACCAAAAAUUUGUGUCCUGCAACCUCUAUCAGGAAGUUUGGAAACGAAUUUGGAAUGCAUCAAUCGACGGAUGAUCUUGAGGAUCCACAUGCCAAGCACAUGGAGAUGGUGUGGUCUGCCCCUUUUUUUUCUCAGAGAUAGCAUGCCUGAAGUCUGCUCUCUCUAUACGU